CCGGCGCAUUUAUUUGUCUGUCUGCUCUGCACAUCAGCAGUCUUCGGUGGCCGGUGCGCGGACCUUCGUGAUCCGAGUCACUGCUGCUUCAUUAAACGAUCGGUAGGCACUAGAACUUGGGCAGAAGAGCAAUAUAACUAUACAUGGCAAUCAAUGGCAGAGCCUGCUCAAUUGUUUAUUUAGAUUUCAGAACUAUGGCGGUCAAAUAGGAAAGCUAUAACUGCAUUAAUUCUUUCUGAGAGUUUUAAUUUUUUUCUUAUAUAAAAAACUUGUUUCACUGCCAAAGUUUCAAUAUAUUUACAUCACCAGAAAGCGCUAAAAAUAUAGAAAUUUUUGAAGAAGAGCGAGUGUUAGGGCGUUGGUAUGGACCAACUUUCAGUUGCUUGCUAACACCGAUCACGCCUGGACGUCCAACACAGGUACUACAGCAUUUCUUUCAUCACAUAAGUAACUGAUUGAAAUACGCCUGGAUGUUUGCCUUACUUUGGUUAGGUAGGGUCGCCUUUUUCAGCUCACAAGUCAAAGCAGAAUCACCUGAAGAGUCUCCGAGCGACGAGGAAAUGCUAGCCAUCGAGUACGCGUCAGUCGUUCAAGAGAGAACGGAGCCCGAAGUCGAAUGCAUUCUAAUAACAAAUACCGGAGAGACUGCUGAUGAACACUCAGUGAUUUUGCCCGAAAAAAGUAAUUUGGCCCUCUACGCCGAUCCUGUUGAUUCUGUUGUAAUCUGCAGCGAUCAAACGACAGAAGCGGAAAUGUCGUUGGUGACGCUAAUGAAAGGUGAGCCAGCAUUACAGAAUUAUUGCGAUUGCUGUGACGGCGGAAUUCCGCCCGUCCAGCAAGUCGAAAAAGUCCGUCGCCGUUCGUCACCCGACAUUGUAGAACAGUCUGGCGAUUGUGAAGAUGAUUUUAAGAAGUCGCUUUACUUUGACAAAAAAUCCAAACGAAUUUCGUCUGUUAGAUGCAACAGCAAUGCACAUAAUCGGCGUUACCCAUCUUCCAAGAGAUAUUGUCUGACACCCAUGCACAGCACCUUUAACAUGUUGAGCAAUGUCGUGCCUACACCACUAGUUGCACGAUGGAAGGAGCGAGGAGACAACGCAUUGCUAACAGUUAUCAGUGCGUUGUACGCCAAGCUGCUUGUUGUCAUGGGCUUGGCCUUCCCCAUGACCGAAGUUAUAUCCAAUCACGUCCCGUCUUUUUCCUAUUUGGGUUUCUAUCUGUACUUGUACUUUGGUUCUAUCGCCUACUUCUUCUUUGUCUUCUUCAAUAUGUUGAAAAAUAGAGCGGCCAAGGGUAAUCGCUACUUCGGAUGUGGAAGUAUGAGGCCGUCCAAAAUACUAAAGCUCAAGGAUAUGAACGGCGACCAUUCGGAGGAUUCUCCACCACGUAUCUAUGAAAAAUCAGGAACGCAACACUACGGCAGUUUCUACCUGCGCAUCGGAGCUGUUGCUUUUGGUGUGGGUUCGAUGAUAUAUUCCGGUUUGGAGUUCGCACAGUACUUUGAGACGGUCCCGGGAAGUGAAUGCCACAACAUUUUAAUGGCCGCAACUCCAGCCGUCCGAAUGGCUUUUACUUUCAUCCAGAUGUAUUUCAUUUUCCUCAACGCCAAGAUGGCGGCUUAUUGCAAGCCGAGAGCCAUCGCUUAUUUUGGCUUGAUGCAUAUUGUGGCGACUAAUCUCUGCGUUUGGCUUAACGUUAUCAUCGAAGAGACCAAACACGAAAUCCUUCAUCAGUUUUCUCAUCACGAAUCAGACGGUCAUCACGGCAGUCAAAGCUCGACGCCAACAACGGUUCAAAAUUCGGUUGUCGUCCCGGAAUACGGAAGCGUUGUUGCCGAACCGCCCACCAAUUCGCUGGUAGACGAGUGCAAGAGAUCAGAAAUGAUGGGCAACGUCGUGCAAGAUGCCAGCCAGUUCCUCUUCCCUUGCGCCAUCGAAUAUUCGCUGAUCUGUGCUGCUAUUCUUUACGUCAUGUGGAAGAACGUCUCGAUGAGCGAAGAUGAUGGCGGAAUUUACAGCCGGAGCAACUCUGCCGGAUCGGCCACCGGACGCCGAUCAAGACACCAGUACUCGGUAGACUGCGCCAAAGCCAAUAAAGGUCUCUUCGCUGGCAUCUUCGUUCUGGUUGGGAUCAUUAUCAGCCUCAUCCUCUUCUACGCUUUGAUUAACAAUCACACUUUCAGAGCGCUGGCCAUUAUGGAAGUUGCCGUGUCUCGGUUGUUGCUUUUCUGCGCUGCAUUUAUCUCUACAAUGGUCGGCAUCUAUCAGAUUCGCGAACUCAAAUUUGAUUCUUCGCGCCACUUUGGAUUGGACGCCGUUCUAUUGGUCGUGGCUCAAAUUGGGCUGAUGGCGUACAAGUUGUUCACGGUGAUCGCUUGCUGUUAUUCGGUCAAAACGGAAGGAGAAGACAACUCGACUCUGGUUCUGCUAAGCGCUCUUGCCGCCACCUUCCAGGCUGUGGCUCAAACAUUGUUCAUUCUGGACGCAUCGAGACGACACACUUACACCGUCGACCAGCAAUCUCGCAAGCCAGGACGUGAAGUGGUCACUUUCCUCUUGAUAUGCAAUAUCGCCAUGUGGGCGGUCAAUACGCUGGAAAAAUCUAGAGCUGACGCCAAUCCGGUGCAACUCGAGUUUUUUGGUCUUUGGCCAUGGAUUAUCAUCAUGAACGUCAGCAUGCCAUUGACUAUCUUCUAUCGCUUCCACUCGACAGUUGUCCUCUGCGAAAUCUGGAAGCGAUGCUACAAAGUCAAACCCGAUUUGAUGUAGUUUUGGCAUUUAAAAAACGACGCCAAAGUAUUCUAUAACUAUAAUUAACUUUACAUUGUGGACUGCAGUAUUCCGUCGAAUUGAAAUUUAACCGCCGUACGUUUCUUUAUUUGUAAUUCAGCAGUUAUGGGUAUUUCGUUCUUGAAGGAAAAAAUUCCCAAUUUAGCUGCACACCAAACUCUAAUCCUUUAAUGCUUCAAAGAAUUUAAUUUGUCUCAUUUCUAAAUAUAGCGCUUAUAUUUAUCGCUCGUAUAACCGCAAAUGAUCGCAGACACAAGGCUGAGAAAAAUUGCAUAUCGUGUUAUUGUUAGUGACUGAUGGUUAGUAUAGAUUUGCUUGGAGCACAGCAGUAUUUUCAUAUAAUUGUUUCUCCUAUUUGCUACGAUUACGAAUCAAUCCUUUGUCUCAUUCAUGUUCCGCUUAUUUUAUUAUUAUUUUUUAAUAUUAAUAAACGUGAAAUUGAUCAUGUAUAGUGUA